AUGGCUGAGAUUCAAUUGUUUAAGACCAGAAUCACGAAUGCAUGCAAGCUGAUCCGUUCAAGCGAGUCAGAUCUCAAGCUUUUGGACAACCCGUUCAUAUUCCCAACUCAAAAGGAGGUAUGCGAGGUGUAUAUAAGAGAAAAGACAGCACAGCUAAACCACUUGAUAACAACGAUCACUAAGGCGAAGCAGCUCCACGAUACCUGUCUUGACAAAGCGAUCGAAACAAUUAGUUCACGAUCGGAGCAGAAGGAUCGAGAAAAGCUGAUGCUCGAGCUUAACAACCACAUGGAGCUCGAAUCAAAUGGUCUGGAAAUCACAAUAAUACAAUGGCUGAGCAAGAUCGACUUCAGAAAGGAAGAGUUGAUGCAGCAAGCUUCAUUCAUAGCGGAAGCCAUUAGCAUUGCCAACCAGGCUGGUAGCAGUCAGAACAAUUCUCACAGCGGAGGUGACACUGUCAAUCCAUACGACCGCAACAUACGAGUUCGACGCCCUCUGCUCGAAUCUUUCGAGUCCCUCAUACACAAAGAUACGGACUUGAGUGACCAAGAAAAAUUCCUUUUUCUGAAACAAGCACUAAAAGGAAAGGCAGCUGCUUCAAUCAACAGCAUUCCAGUCAUUGGUGACAAAUACAGCGUCGCUCUGAAUAUACUUAAGAAACAGUUCGAUAGAUCAUCAGGCAUAGCGGACAUCUUAAUAAACGAGAUUGAGCAUCUGCCUAGGGCACAAGAAAACUCGAGAAGUUGCCGCGAUACACUCAAUGCCAUAUCUUCUCGAAUCGUGCACCUGGAGCAAACUGGAAUGCCAAUGAACGCAGACAGA